UAUGAAAUGUACAAUGGAUUCUCUGUCUCCAAUGAAGUUGGAAAAUAUCAACUCUUUCUUGCAGGACCUGCCACGGGAACCUUAGGAGACAGCAUGAGAAGCCACGAUCUGUCUGGGAUGUCCUUCAGUACCCCGGACAGAGAUAACGACAAAGCUGGAUAUAACUGUGCUUUUGACAGUAACAAAAGAGGAGGGUGGUGGUUCAACGCCUGUCAUGACGCCUUCCUUAACGGUCAAUGGUCCCCGGCACGCUGGUCCUACCCAUGGUAUCCCACAGUACAGAGUGGGACAUCAGUAAAGGGAACCACCAUGAUGAGGAAAGAUCAUCCAUCAAUAAGACGAAUCCAUUUUGAUUAA